AUGUUUCGAAAGCAAAUUGAAGUACAGAAUACGGAGAUUACUUGGGAACAUGAUUGGGUAACUGUUGUGCAAAUGAAAGCAAGAAGACGGAGACUAGAUUUAAUGGAAAACUGGAGUUUGAUUGCUUCGAGUAGCUCCACUGAUCCUUUUGCUAAAUGCGAAGAGGACUUGCGAAAUUCUGAUUUAAAGUACUACGAAUGCGUGCCUAAAAUAGAGAACGGAGACGAGCCAUGUUAUUUGCUAAAGGAAAUGCACAGAGCAAAAGAUUUUCGAACGUAUUUCCUUGCCAUUCUGCCGGUGAUCUUUUCGGUGAUUGCUCUUGUUCUAAAUAUUAUCUAUCUCGUCCUUCAUGUUAUUGUCUUUCGAGCGGAAAAAGCCUCUUAUCGUAAGCGAGCGCUUUUUCUUUUGAGUCGAUCGGUCUCCUCGGUGAUGGCUCUUUUGCUACUUUAUGUGGUGAUCAUUGUUUGGAAAGCUCACGGUUUUCACUACGGUUCAGUGACGAUUUUCAUUCUAAUCGGCGCAAUGGAAUUCCUAUCAAUUACCGGCACUUAUGUUGCUUUAUGCCUGCUACUCUACACAGCCAUCACUCGUCCAAUCAUCUACAAAACUCGACUUCGAAUGAGACAUUGUGUCAUUGGUGUUUCUCUCAUUUGGCUUUUUGCUGUUGUAGCAUCGAUCUGCUUCGGUCUUUUUGGAGGCACUCUCUUUUAUCCGGACUCUGCCCCAAUCACGUGCUCAUUCGACCAUUGUCAACGUCCAUUGGCCAUCGUUGUGACGAUCCUUUUAAUCAUUACCUAUUCAACUGUUCUUUGUCUCUAUUUCUUUCUCAUUUUUCGCUUACGCCGUGGAAGUAUGGCUUUUAAAGCGGUUGAGAGAACAGCCUCAACAAGCUCACAGAGAUUGAGUUUGAAAGCGAUGAAUCGCCUCAGCAUGAAUGUUAUUACGUUUGCUAUUGGAAAUGUUCCGAUUGUGGUGGUUCUAGUGGUCGCAAUCUCUAAUCUCCGAAAGCUUUCCUCACUCGGCGAAGGAGAUAAGACCCCUUGUAAAACAUUUCUGAAUGCCAAACUCUUUGUGCAAGUCGAGGUUUUGGCGAGUUGUGCAGCGGCAAUAUGGUUGUUAGCUAUGAUAAUCGAUCCAAUCAUUAACGUCCUUUCUGAUCCAAAACUUCGAAAUUUGUUAUUGACAUUUGUCAAGAAAUUGAGAAGAAAAUUGAUGGAAAGUGAAGAAGAAACAAAUGAAGAAGGAACAAAUAAAGAAGAAGAAAAA